GCUUUUCCUAUUUCGGUUGACCUCUGCAUCGUCCCAUCGUCAACAGAGGGGCUGAUAUGUCGUUUUUCGCCACGAUUCCAACCGUACAUCUUUAAAAAUGGGAUCUGCCAGCUCUAAAGCAUCCCAGGCUGCUGGCGGCUCGGUAGCACGUAGAUAUCCAUCACGGCCUUCUCCAGCAACGCAAAGAUCACCUCAACAGCAAAACUCAGGGCCGAACAGACAUCCAUACCAGGAAGUACGAGAAACUCGGGAUAAAAUUGUUGAUACCGAUGCGUCAGAUCCAGUCCUUGCCUCAAAACUUCGAAAGAUUGGACCAGUGCAAUCAAAUCCCUAUCAAUCUCAUACAUCAACACAAUCAAGGUCUGCGAGACAGGCUUCCAGAGGUCUUACCUCGAAGCUGAACUCAAUUGAAAAUGAACUCCCUCCGGGCUUGUUUCCAGAUGCAGAAUCAAUGCACAGCAAUCCAGCUCUACUAAUAUUGAAAGCUCGCAAAAGAUUGCAGGAGCAGGCAGACUAUGAAUUCAACAACAUCGGUAAACGUAAUUUUGCCGGGAAAGAGAUGGCGGAUGUCCACAUGGUCAUGGACGCGUUGAAGAUGCGGCGCUCCGGCAUGCACUUGCAGAUAAUUGAAAAACAGCUAGGUCUGAGGGAAGGCUUCAUGGCUAGGCUCGGCGACAAGGGCGUGACCGAGCCUGGUUAUAACUAAUAUUACUUCUGAGAACAUUGUUCUACCAUUGGCGUGUCUUCUGGACCAUCUCCACCUGCUUAACCUCCUGGAUUAACCCGCUGAAAGUCGUUUAUAGCGUCUAGCUCUCAAACGCGAUGCAGAAUGAGCAAUCAAGACAUCAAACGUGCGAAUUCUUGCCUUCGAAGCUUUCAGUAGAAGCAUGCCAGAUGCACGAGCGCUGUAAGACAUGCCGACUUCAUCUUAUCGUAUUAAGGUCGAAGACUAGAUCAGUCCAUUAUGAGCAGGUUAAGUCUCAAGUCCACAAGAAGUCCACUCGUCCUGUUUUACUUCUCGAUAAUUUCAACCUUCAGUGUCUGACCACUCAGGUGGCAUAUUGCAAGUUGAAUUUCGAGAUGGACUGAUAAAUUAGGUUGAACAGAAUUUAUGGUCUUUGUGCUCAGGCGCUCGUCCUGGUCUCUGGUGGUCCAUUUGUAUUCUGGGGUCGGCAUUAACAUUGCUAGAAAACCAGGCUUACUGGGUUGCCAUCCUAGCUACAGAAGUCGAAACCAUUGUCAAAUAUGGCAAAUAUAUUCAAUUACAUUGAAAGAUGCCUAAACUCUUAUCAAAAGUCGAAUAUCAAAGAAGAAUUGUUGGGGAUUCUCUAACUGUACGAAGGUCACCCUGGUGAUAUCUCAUACGUCGAAGUGUGCUUGGAAGUUCACACAUAAACUGAAAUUUGUUUUACAACGUCACUACAUACUCCGUUCAAGUAGCAAGCAGUUGCACAUAUGAUAGGCGAAAUUGUCCUUGGUUCAAUAAGGGCAGGUUUGGUGACUAAUCGUGGAUUAAGCACGAGCAACUUUCGGAACCACUGGUUCAUUCAAAUUACUAAUGAUCUUUCAGUGCUCGCUACAACUCAUGACUUGUAAUCGAUAAAUCUUGAUCAAAACGAG